AUGGCGACACGUCGCUUAGCAAGGCCUUCUAUACUCGCAUAUCGAGCAGAGCUUGACCAGUUGCUCGCAGACUUAAGAGCGUUCAGCCAGGUAGAUAAAAAUCAGCAGCUUUGGCACCUGCAAGCGCAUUUAGCAACGUUAGACCACAUAAUGACAGGGGAUAAACUAAAAGAAAGGAGAGAACGAGUCCUUGAAGCUCACCAACUUUUCCUGACGAUGAAUCAGGAUGAACAGCUCCACUACGUUGAGCAGCUUUGCGACCAUGCCAGGAGUCGUCAGGGUCAUCAUUUUCGGCAGGGGUUGUUUCUGGCGCCCUUCGUCGCUCAGUAUAUCCGCACGGUCCGUUCAGGCUUGUACAAACAGAGAAAACAUGGUAACUGGUUCGAGUGGCGUCAGAAUCAUCGUGACAAUACAGAAAUUAACCUGGAACCUGGGAAUGCUGGGGACCAAAGUGUACGGGAACACAUGCGUGAAUACCAACAAUAUGGUCAGUUACCACUGCCAUCGUAG